AUGUCCGAUCACCGCCACCCAUUUAGGCUGCUAGUGCCGCGACCAGGCCAAGUGCUGGGUCUGGUGGGCACGAAUGGCAUUGGCAAGUCAACGGCGCUCAAGGUGCUGGCAGGGCUGAUGGACCGCCCGCUGCCAGUGCCGCGACCAGGCCAGGUGCUGGGCCUGGUGGGCACGAAUGGCAUUGGCAAGUCAACGGCGCUCAAGGUGCUGGCAGGGAAGCUCAAACCCAACCUCGGGCGAUUCAGUGUGAGCACCCAGCCCCUCUUCUCUCUCCAAUUCUCGCGUCCAUUCCUUCUUUUCACUCCAAUCCUCGCCCUUUCCUUUCUACUCGUAUUAAUACUAUUAGCUGCUCCUUAUCCACCCCCUCCCUUUCUCCCAUCCCCCCACUCCCUUUCUGCCUCUCCCCUUGCAUGCACACCCCCACCCCCCUUCCCUCCUUCUCAAAUGUCUCUCCUCUUUUCCCUUUCACUCUUAUUAUCACCCCGCAACCCCCCUGACUGGCAGGAGAUUCUGACCUACUUCCGAGGGUCUGAGCUCCAGAACUACUUCACUCGCAUUCUGGAGGAUAACCUGAAGGCCAUCAUCAAGCCACAGUACGUGGACCACAUUCCCAAGGCGGUCAAGGGGUUGGUGGGCGCAGCCAUCAUCAAGCCACAGUACGUGGACCACAUUCCCAAGGCGGUGAAGGGACUGGUGGGCGUGGUGCUGACAGAAAAGGACGAGCGUGAUGCCAAGGAUGAACUCUCGGAAGUGUUGGAGCUCAAGCAGGCGGUGAAGGGGUUGGUGGGCGUGGUGCUGACAGGGAAGGACGAGCGCGAUGCCAAGGAUGAGCUGUCGGAAGUGCUGGAGCUCAAGCAGGUGUGGGAGCGUGAGGUGGAGCAUCUCUCAGGAGGAGAGCUGCAGCGGUUUGCCAUCGGGGUGGUGGCGGGGCAGCUGGGAGACAUCUACAUGUUCGAUGAGCCCUCCAGCUACCUGGACGUGCGGCAGCGGCUCAAGGCAGCCCAGGUCAUCCGCUCGCUGCUGCGCCCUGAUAGGUGCGAUAGAGCACCGCCCCACACCUUGUUAGAGCACGAUCUGAGUGUGCUACGAGGUGAGUCUAUACCACCCCUGCCCCAUGCACCACCCCACCUGCCACAGACAUGCAACCAUCAUCUCCCCACCAGAUACGCGAUCGUCGUGGGUGGGUGGAGCACGAUCUCAGUAUGCUCAACUAUCUCUCCCACUUCAUCUGCUGCCUCUACGGCAAGCCGGGAGCCUACGGGGUGGUCACACUGCCCGUCGUCUCUGCCGGCCCAUGCCCCAUGCACCCAUCCCCCCCUGCCCCAUACAUCCCCAUCCCCCUCUGCUCCGUGCACCCAUCCUGUUGGCCGAUUAUCCACUCUCCCACCCCCCAGAUACGUGAUUGUGGUGGAGCACGACCUGAGUGUGCUCGACUAUCUCUCCGACUUCAUCUGCUGCCUCUACGGCAAGCCGGGUGCCUACGGGGUGGUCACACUGCCCUUCUCAGUGCGAGAGGGCAUCAACAUCUUCCUCGCCGGCUUUGUGCCAACCGAGAACCUGCGCUUCCGAGACGAGUCGCUCACCUUCAGGGUGGCGGAAACCCCAGUGGAUAAUCCCGAGGAGGCCAAGACGUACACGCGCUACAAGUACCCGCGCAUGGUCAAGAAGCAGGGCGGGUUUAAGCUGACGGCGGGUCUGUUAAAGUCUGACCCGGACGAAGCAACCGGCAAGGAGGCGGCGAAUCUCCCCGAGUUCAGUGUGUCGUACAAGCCGCAGAAGACCAGCCCCAAGUUCCCUGCCUUACUCUCCUCCCUCCCCUCCUCUCCUCCUCUCCUGUCUCGUUCUGAACCCCUCCAGGCCGGCCUCUUGAAGGCAGAUCCAGACGAGGAGACCGGGAAAGAAGCUGAGGACCUUCCCGAGUUCAACGUGUCGUACAAGCUGCAGAAGAUCAGCCGCAAGUUCCCCCUCUCAUACCCUCUCGCUGACCCGGACGAGGAGACCGGCAAGGAGGCCGAGGACCUGCCGGAGUUCAACGUGUCGUACAAGCCGCAGAAGAUCAGCCGCAAGUUCCCUCUUUCGAUUCUCUUUCCCCGACUCCUUUCCCUCCCCUCUCCUGUCCUGUCUGCUUCUCAUCCCUUGCAGGCGGGUCUGUUAAAGUCAGACCUGGACGAGGAGACGGGCAAGGAGGCCGAGGACCUGCCCGAGUUCAACGUGUCGUACAAGCCGCAGAAGAUCAGAUCAGCCCCAAGUUCCCCUUCCCGUGCUCAUUCUCCUUCCCCUUCCCUUCCCUCUUUGAUCUCCCAUGUCCCUCCUAUCACACAGGCUGGUCUCUUAAAGUCGGACCCGGACGAGGAAACCGGCAAGGAAGCGGAAGAUCUCCCGGAGUUCAACGUGUCGUACAAGCCGCAGAAGAUCAGCCCCAAGUUCCCGCACAGCGUGCGCGCGCUGCUGCACUCCAAGAUCCGCGACUCGUUCCACCACCCGCAGUUCAACACGGACGUGCUGCGCCCCAUGCAGAUCGACCCGCUGUUAGACCAGGAGGUGGUGAACUUGUCGGGUGGGGAGCUGCAGCGCGUUGCCAUCACGCUGUGUCUCGGAAAGGAGGUGGUGAACCUGUCUGGUGGGGAGCUGCAGCGUGUGGCUAUUACCCUCUGCCUUGGCAAGGUGAGAAAGGGCACACAGACAGGUGUGAGCUGGGUGGGUGGUGGUGGGGCACACCCCUCCUUCCACCACCCGCAGUUCAACACCGACGUGCUGUGCCCCAUGCAGAUCGAUCCUUUGUUGGACCAGGAGGUGGUGAAUUUGUCAGGAGGAGAGCUGCAGCGCGUGGCCAUCACUGUCUCGGAAAGCUAUGUGGUACGGGCCAACCAGGUGUGUCCAGGGGCGGAUGGUGGUGGGACCCCUCCCUCCUCCCACCACCCUCAUUCCCUCUUCCCCUUCCUCCCCUCUCCAGCCUGCCGACAUCUACCUGAUCGAUCCUCGGCCCAUCUCGACUCGGAGCAGCGCAUUGUGGCGGCCAAGGUGAUCAAGAGGUCCAUCCUGCACUGGCAUUCCCCUCUUCCCUCUGCUCCCUCUGCUCCCUCUUCCCUUUCCCGAAUGCAGCCCGCCGACAUCUACCUGAUCGACGAACCCUCGGCCUACCUGGACUCAGAGCAGCGCAUCGUGGCGGCCAAGCCUGCCGACAUCUACCUGAUCGACGAACCCUCGGCCUACCUGGACUCAGAGCAGCGCAUCGUGGCAGCCAAGGUGAUCAAGCGGUUCAUCCUGCACGCCAAGAAGACAGCGUUUGUGGUGGAGCACGACUUCAUCAUGGCCACGUACCUGGCGGACCGCGUCAUCGUGUACGAGGGGCAGCCGUCGGUGGAUUGCACGGCACGCACGCCCCAGUCCCUCAACAGCGGGAUGAACCUCUUCCUCUCGCAACUGGACAUCACGUUCAGAAUGGACCCCACCAACUUGCGGCCGCGCAUCAACAAGAGGGAAUCUGUCAAGGACCGCGAGCAGAAGGCCGCCGGCACGCCCAUGGGAGCUGUACCCUUGGAGGGUGCACUCUUGGACCCCUUUCUCACUCCCCAACUGGACAUCACGUUCAGGAGGGACCCCACCAACUUGCGGCCGCGCAUCAACAAGAGGGAAUCUGUCAAGGACCGCGAGCAGAAGGCCGCCGGCACACAUGGGAGCUGUACCCUUGGAGGGUGCACUCUUGGACCCCUUUCUCACUCCCGUUUUCACCCCUGUUGUCUCUUCUGCCCCCCCCCCCCACCAUCAACACCCCUCCCCCCACCCCAUCAGCAACUGGACAUCACGUUCAGGAGGGACCCCACCAACUUGCGGCCGCGCAUCAACAAGAGGGAAUCUGUCAAGGACCGCGAGCAGAAGGCCGCCGGCACACAUGGGAGCUGUACCCUUGGAGGGUGCACUCUUGGACCCCUUUCUCACUCCCGUUUUCACCCCUGUUGUCUCUUCUGUCCCCCCCCCCCACCAUCAACACCCCUCCCCUCACCCCAUCAGCAACUGGACAUCACGUUCAGGAGGGACCCCACCAACUUGCGGCCGCGCAUCAACAAGAUGGAAUCUGUCAAGGACCGCGAGCAGAAGGCCGCCGGCACACAUGGGAGCUUUUUCAUUCCCGUUCACACCACUGUUCUCGCUCCUGCGCGACCCACCAACUUCCGGCCGCGAAUCAACAAGAUGGAAUCUGUGAAGGACCGCGAGCAGAAGAAUGCCGGCACCUACUACUACCUCGAUGACUGA